AUGCACAAGACGGCGCAGGCCUGGUUCACCGGCGGGACCGCCGCCUCCUCCGGCACCGCCGCUGAGUCGCAGCCGUCCCUCCUCGCCGACUGGAACUCGUACGCCGCCACCCGCUCCGACGCCUCCUCCUCCUCGCCGCUCCCCUUCGACAUCGAGGCCGCCGUCCGCUCCGCCAACGACACCGUCUCCGGCACUUUCAGCUCGGUCACCAAGGGCGUGCGGGAGCUCCCGGGGAGCUUCCAGAGCGCCACCAGCAGCUUCCCCUCCGGGAAGGCGCUCAUGUACUUCGGCCUCUUCCUCGCCACCGGCAUCUUCUUCGUCUUCAUCGCCUUCGCGCUCUUCCUCCCCGUCAUGGUGCUCAUGCCGCAAAAGUUCGCCAUCUGCUUCACGCUCGGGUGCGCGCUCAUCAUUGCCUCGCUCUUCGCGCUCAAGGGGCCAGCCAACCAGCUCGCCCACAUGACCUCCAAGGAGAGGCUCCCGUUUUCAGUGGGAUUUAUUGGAUGCAUGGUUGGUACGAUCUAUGUUUCUAUGGUGCUUCACAGCUAUUUCCUCUCUGUGAUCUUCUCAGUCCUUCAGGUUCUGGCCCUUGCAUAUUACACUAUAUCCUACUUUCCUGGAGGAUCUAGUGGACUGAAAUUCAUCUCGUCUGGUCUGUUGUCCUCAGCAACAAGUUUAUUUGGUCGAUGA